ACUCUGGUUAUGGUGGAUCCCAUUUCACGUUUUAUUUUCUGCCUACCACCAUUUGUUCGCCUCGUUGUCGUACUCACCGGUGCUGUAAUUAUCCACCUUACCAUAGGCACCUACCAUACCUUUGGGAAUAUGCUACCGUACAUGGCUUCCUACAUGCGGAAUUACACCGAUCCCACUAUACGAAUUGAGCAUUUCAUGUGGAUACCAACUUUCCAAGACUCCCAUCUAGGAUGUUUUCCGUUCUCAAUGGUUAUCGGUGGUACAUUGGCACUUCAUGUUGGUCCACGUAUGGCUGCUCUCAUCGGAUGCGCCAUUGCAACCUCCUCUGUUGCACUUUCGUUUUGGACUAUCAAACAUUCGUUUUUCGCUUUUUUCAUAACGUACGGCGUUCUUUUCGGAUUUGGUCAGGGAAUCGCAUACGUUACUGCCGUUGCAACUGUUAUCAAUUGGGCUCCUGAGAAGGUGGGAUUGGUGAGCGGAAUUGUGGCCGCAGGUUUCGGCAUCUCAUCGUCGAUUUUCGCUCCGAUUCAAACGCAUCUUAUCAAUCCCUACAACUUACCAUCAACGAAAGAUGGGUAUUUUCUUGACAAGGAUCUUCUAAAUCGAGUACCUGACGUAUUCCUGACUUUAGCAACCGUUUAUGCUAUUAUGCAACUAAUCGGUCUAAUUGUUGUUUGUGAUCCUCCUGUAAAGCAAAUCUCCGAAGAGCUGCUUUCACGAUGGGUGUGCAAGUGGCCCAUAUGCUUUCUCAAAUGGACUGAGCUAUUUUUUAGUGGGAUGUCAUUGCGACCACUCGAAAUAUUGUCGUCGUCGACCUUCUACGUUCUUUUUACUGCGUUAUUCUGUUGUUCAUUCUAUGCGAAUAUGUUCUACAAUCUCUAUAAGACAUUUGCCGAGACAUUCGUCGAUGACGAUUUCUUCUUGGCCAGAGCAUUCGCUGUCGGUUCGGUCGCAAACGCCAUUGCACGCAUCGCUUGGGGCUAUCUGACUGAUCGGACGAGUUUUCAAGUAACGAUGUUCCACACACCUUAUCACGUUAGAUUGUUGAUUUUGUGCUUGGUAAAUGUCAUCGCCAACUGGACAUUCUUGCACGUUGUUUUUCUUAUUCAGCUGGACAAAUUGUGGGAGAUUAGUGCCGCCAUUUGGUUUAAUUUGGGAUCAGCACUUGAGAACCGCGUACACUAA